AUGGCCAAGCAGCUCAGCCGGGACCAGCAGGGACGGACUUGUAGGCCUGCUGCAAGGCGGCAUGGCCGCCGGCCGGGCGGCCUGUAUGCUCACCCACCCCCCCUUCUCCCUUCAGCCUAUGGGAUCAACAGCAUCCUCUACCAGCGGGGCAUCUACCCCCCCGAGACCUUCACCCGCGUUCAGAAGUAUGGGCUUACCCUCCUCGUCACCACUGACCCCGAGCUGAAGAACUACCUCAACAACGUGGUGGAGCAGAUGAAAGAGUGGCUGUACAAGUGCAUGGUGCAGCGCCUGGUGGUGGUCAUCUCCAGUAUAGAGAACGAUGAGGUUCUGGAGCGGUGGCAGUUUGAUAUAGAGUGCGACAAAACUGCGAGGGAUGAGAGCGCACCACGAGAAAAAUCUCAGAAAGCUAUUCAGGAUGAAAUUCGAUCUGUUAUCAGACAAAUAACUGCCACAGUAACUUUUCUGCCACUGCUGGAAACUGCCUGUGCCUUUGACUUGCUGAUAUACACAGAUAAAGAUUUGGCAGUGCCGGAAAAAUGGGAAGAGUCAGGACCACAAUUCAUAGCCAAUUCGGAAGAGGUUCGUCUUCGUUCCUUCACUACUACAAUCCACAAAGUAAACAGUAUGGUGGCUUACAAAAAGGAUUCUUUCCCCUAAGAUGGGGGGGUGAGGGUGUGUAUGUAUAGUUUCUGUUCAUAGUGCAGCUACAUCAUGAACACAUCCUUACUGUUGCUCUUGUUGAACUAUGAUACAGGAAAACUGCAACGUUUCUCUAUGAUAAUGUGAUAUAGUAAUAAACCAAGCUGGAGUUGUUGGGUUUUUUUUAAAAGGUCUAAAUAAAGUAUUCGUAAUGAUAGUUCAGCUCAUACCUAACUAUGAGCUAAACUAAUGCUAUGCUAAACCACUGCAUCCACUAGAAAAACUGCCGAAAUCUUGGAUUAAUUGCUAGAGUUGUAUUCAGAUCUUGUAAUUCAGUAUUUUAAGAUCAUUAUAAACUGCCUUCUACCGGCAGGCCUACAUCUCUGCCAAAAAAAAAUAAAAAUGAACCCCGCACACGACAGGCCAGUUCUUCAUGUUAAAAGCCUGGGUUGUUUUAUUACCAGAAACGAUCCUAAAAUGAAUCAACAGAAGAGUAAUUCUGAAGUUACUUGUUCCUCUUCACACUGAAACCAGCUUUUUAUGGGGAAAAUCUUAAAUAUAUGAAGCCUUGUAUAUUAGCAACUGCUGGACUCUAGUUCUGGGGAUGGUGGUGUUCCAAGUCUGUGUGUGUCUCUGCUGUCUGUCAAGUAUUUUUUUUAUGUUUGUAUUCUUGUUUUACAGAAUAAAGCAUGGAAUUGUAUAGCAUUUGGUAA